UAAAAUUUUUAAUGAAAGAAAGAAGAAACUUCACAUCAGCAUCAGAAUCUCUCUCUUUCUCUCUCUCCUUCUUCACAAGCAAAAACACCAAACCCAAUUCUUCUUUCUUCAUUUUGCCGACACUUCUUUCUUCUCUCUCUCUAUCUCUCUCUCCACCGUCAUGGAUUCCUCCUAUGGUGUCACAAAGCUCCUUCUCCUCCUCCUCUUAGCCGUCUCCAUUGCCACCGCAUUACCCGAUAACAAACCCGUAUCAGGUCAAAUAAACUCAAACUCAGUCCUCGUAGCUCUCCUCGACUCUCACUACACAGAGCUAGCUGAACUAGUCGAAAAAGCCCUCCUUCUCCAAACCCUCGAAGAAGCAGUUGGCAAACACAACAUCACAAUCUUCGCACCACGCAACGACGCCUUGGAACGGAACCUAGACCCACUCUUCAAAUCUUUCUUGCUCGAACCAAGAAAUCUCAAAUCGUUACAGUCUUUACUAAUGUUCCACAUUCUCCCUAAACGAAUCACUUCUCCUCAAUGGCCUUCUCUCUCUCACCACCACCGUACUCUCUCCAACGACCAUCUCCACCUCACCGUCGACGUCAACACUUUAAAAGUCGACUCGGCAGAGCUCGUCCGUCCUGAUGACGUCAUCAGACCCGAUGGUAUCAUCCACGGUAUCGAACGUCUUCUCAUCCCUCGCUCUGUUCAAGAAGAUUUCAACCGCCGUCGUAGUCUCCGUUCAAUCUCCGCCGUCAUACCAGAAGGAGCACCUGAGGUUGACCCAAGAACCCACCGUCUCAAGAAACCAGCUCCCGCCGUCCCCGCCGGUGCUCCUCCUGUUCUCCCAAUCUACGACGCUAUGUCACCAGGUCCUUCCCUAGCUCCGGCUCCAGCACCUGGACCCGGUGGCCCACGUGGACACUUCAACGGCGAGGCUCAAGUCAAAGAUUUCAUCCACACUCUCUUGCAUUACGGUGGAUACAACGAGAUGGCUGACAUACUCGUCAAUUUAACUUCUUUAGCCACAGAGAUGGGUCGUCUCGUGUCAGAAGGCUACGUUUUAACCGUUCUUGCUCCUAACGACGAAGCCAUGGCAAAGCUCACAACGGACCAGCUAAGCGAGCCAGGUGCUCCUGAACAGAUUAUGUAUUACCACAUCAUACCGGAGUAUCAAACCGAAGAGAGUAUGUACAACGCUGUUCGGAGAUUUGGGAAAGUGAAGUACGACUCAUUGAGAUUCCCACAUAAAGUGUUGGCUCAAGAAGCUGAUGGAUCUGUCAAAUUCGGACACGGUGAAGGCUCUGCUUACUUGUUCGAUCCUGAUAUUUACACCGACGGUCGGAUUUCGGUUCAGGGUAUCGACGGAGUCUUGUUUCCGGCGGAGGAAACCCCGGCGACGGAGAUUAAACCCGCUUCUCCGGUCGUUAAAAAAGUUGCUAAAUCAAGAAGAGGUAAAUUGAUGGAGGUAGCUUGUAGAAUGAUGGGUUCACGGUUUAUUCCGUGUCAGUGAUUUUACAGAAAAAAUAUCAGAGCUUCCCACAAUUUCUUUAUUCUGUAAACAUCUGAAGAAGAAAAAAAAAAAGAGAAAAAGAGUUGAAAUAUGUAAAUGAUGUGAUUUUUGGGGUUCGUUGCGAUUUGCAUGUUCUAUUUGUAAUUUUUUUUACCAUUUAAAUAUAUAUAUAUAUAUAUAUAAAUACGUAGAUUUUGAUGAAGUUUGUUAUUAUUUGGGGGUGAGUAAACAGAAAUGUCAUAGGAGUUAGAGAAAUCAAUAUAUAUGUAAUACUUACUACAAGCAAGUUUAUACAACAAACUAUGGAAUAAUAAAAAGGAAGGAUCCAUUUGUGUGCCUA